AUGGUUUUGUCGUAUCUACUUGUGUCAUGCUGUAUCUGGACAGAAGUUCUCUCCGUACCAGUUAGUACCCUUCAAAAAGUACCCGCAUUCUAUUCUGGCGCCGGCGUUAGUAGCAGUGUCGGAAACGGCAAUGGUGAAACACAAGAAUAUACACAGACGCAGCAUGGGAAACAGCCCGCUAGACAUCCUGCCCACAUCCCAGGCGAAGCAUCACAUUCCAUUGACAAACAAGGUAGCGGUUCAUAUUCCCUACCAAGUCCCAUUGGAAUUAUUGGAUACAUUCCUAAACACGACUUACCUGAUCAUAUUAAUGUAAAGUCAAAUCAGCCUGAUUGCGACACGCUAAAGGAGAAUGAAGACGUCCUAUACCAUUCCAGUCAACCAGAACAAAAGCUCUUCGAGCAGGAUAAUCCGAUUACGCUAUCAACAGCCCUGUUUGGAAAUAGGAGACCCACAGGUAAUAAGCCAGAAGUCAAUUCGACAAGAGAAAGAUUUCCAUCCAUUUCCGAUUUACCAGCACCUCCCACUAUAGAUCACAUGGAAUUGCCACCAAUUGCUCCCUUGGAAACCGGGAUUCCGGCCUCAACUAUGAAAGAAUUCCCAAUGCAUCACUCAGCGAUUCAGCACUUCACUGAGUCUGAUACACUUGGGGAAUUUGUCUCUAAUAAAAAAUUUCCGAUCUCUGUGGCGGGCGCUCUACGAACGAUGUCUGAUGCCAAGAACCAUGAACCAACGUAUACGUCUGAUGAAUUAGGUCCUAUUGCUGGGAACCACGGUAAACCCGCUGCAGGAUUGCCAGAUUUUGCGCCUCAGCAUUUGUUACCAUUGCUACCUGUGCUUUUGACAAUAUCUGAUGGCAGCGGUGGCUUUGCGUCGCAGAAUAUCACCUCCACCCCUCGGCAGACUGUUAAUAAUGUAUUGACGCAAGCGCAGUGGAACUACGAAUUUCAAAAUUCAGAAAUUGCGAAUCCUUUUCAAUAUAGUGUACGACAAACUAAUAAUGAAUGUUACGUCAUCAGUCGCAUACUUAACAUUAACACAUCAGUUUCCCGUGUAUGGUUCAUCGUCGUCGUCAACAGCAACGGAAAGGAGAUAUAUUUCAACAGCUGUUUACCUGACGAAAAAAUCAUAGUGCGUCCAGGGUAUACCGUGAAGGUUGUAUUAUUACCUACUAAGAGCCAUAGACUGCCAAUUCACGAUGUAUCGCAGAGUGAUACUGAUGGUGUAGAUGAUGGUGUCGAUCCUUAUGAUAACAUCCCGGAUGAAGAAAUAAACAUCAUCUCUCACGCCAAACAAACAUUGUUGUUCCACAAUCAAUCACCGUGGCAGAAGAAGGGCUCCAACACGUUUGAUGUCACGAUGGGAAGUUUUGACGGCGCAGAGACCUGUGAAUUUGUGGGCUGCUUCUUACUAUCACAACUUCGAGCACGGUUAGGGAAUAACGUCCGGAUCGGUCUCUACAGAGAUGACGGUUUAGUCGCCUUAGACGCCACACCCAAAGAGACUGAACAGAUCAAACAAGAUAUCUGUCGCGUAUUCAAAAACCACAGUCUGAAGAUCGCGAUCGAAGCGAAUAAGAAGAUAGUCAACUUCCUUGAUGUCACGCUAGCUAAACCUCGUUGA